UCGAGCCCUUUACACAGCCCGUAGGCUGCCCCAGCGCCCCCCCUUCCUGCGCGGGUGGUUGCGCCCCGGCGAGGCGGGCGCGGUGGGGCAGGUGCCAGCCCAAGAUGGCGUUUCCCGGACAGCCGGCGCCCGGCGGCGGUUUCUACCAGGGCGGGUAUGGAGGAGCCCCAGGAGGACCAGCAUUCCCUGGACAAGCCCAGGAUCCUUUGUAUGGUUAUUUUGCUGCAGUUGCAGGGCAGGAUGGACAAAUAGAUGCUGAUGAGCUACAGAGAUGUCUCACCCAGUCAGGGAUUGCAGGAUCGUAUAAACCUUUCAACUUGGAGACUUGCAGACUCAUGAUCUCAAUGCUGGAUAGGGAUAUGUCUGGCACGCUGGGAUUUAAUGAGUUUAAAGAGCUCUGGGCUGUGGUCAAUGGCUGGAAGCAACACUUCUUAAGUUUUGACAACGAUCAGAGUGGUACAGUGGAUCGUCAAGAACUGGAGAAAGCCUUGAUGAACAUGGGAUUUAGACUGAGCCCACAGGCAGUGAAUGCAAUCACAAGGCGAUACAGCACUCACGGAAAGAUUACAUUUGAUGAUUACAUAGCCUGCUGUGUGAAACUCAGAGCUCUCACUGAAUGUUUUAGAAGAAGGGAUGCAUCUCAGCAAGGUUUUGUGAACUUCCAUUAUGAUGAUUUCAUACAGUGUGUUAUGAGCAUCUAAAUCAAAAGGAUGGAAGCCAUGGGUGAUCAUGAUUAACAUUCCAGUUUGUGUUUUGCCUUGCCAAAUCUUACAAUGAUUGUGUAUCUCAAUAUUGGAAAUUGCAUAUUUUAUGAAGGAAUUGCUUUACACGUGUGCACUUUUUUAGUUUUGACAAUCAAUACAAACUACACCCGUACGGUUGUUUUUAAUUUCUAACUUGUGACUCUUAAAGAUGUUUUUAUCUUCGUAUACUUGCAAUGCAUCAUGUGUAACUCAAGUUAUGCAGAUAGUUUUUCUAUAAUGUUAUUACCUUUUUUCACUUGCUUCACUAGAACCAGCACCUGGACUGCAACUUACCUUUUCUGUCUUAAACAGUAUCAUGUAUACGACAUAAGAUGAUACAUAUCCUUUUGUCUUUAAAAGCAUAAGACAUAUGUACAAACUGAAGUUGCUUUUGGAAUGGUAAUUUUAUGCUGCUCUGUUAGAACAUCAGUAAGUGUAGGUUGCUUCUUCAGACUGCUAGCUAUUUUCAGGAUGAAAUCUGUGACUCCAUACAUGGAGCGUAAGGCUACCUUGUAGAACUUCUCAUAAGCCGGGAUGCGGAUGCACACUUCUAGCAGUGUGCUCUUUCUUGUAUAGGGGACUUUUGUACCAGUAAGAAUCUUGCACUGUGUCAUUAUAUAAAACAUAUUUAAAC